GCCUGCCUUUCCAGUGACGUUGGGGCUUCUGGAAGGUGUGUCUUACCUGUUCCCCUCCCCCACUGCGUCUCUUCCUCCCUACUGGGAUCUUGUGUCCCUGACGUACCGUGGUUGUCUCACCUGGACAGAUUCGAUUUUAGGAAAUAUCUUUAUAAGACCACCCUGCUCCCGCCAUCUGACCCCCGCACUUUGACCCCAGACCAGGGGGAGAGGAAUGCGAGUUUAUUUCACCCCCCUCCGGAUCGCUACUGUGGACAGAUGGAGUGAACAUGGAAAGCGCAGGAGACAAUAAGAAGACGCAGAAGGACCGCGCUCGCCGCCACAGGGAUAAAAAGCAUCGGAAGCGGGCAAGAAAUGUAAAAGGCCCGGAGGAGACGGCUGGAAGACACGAGGGGAAGGACACGUUUAUGGUCUCCUUGGAUAACUUCAUGGAUAAGAGACGGCAGAGUCUGGAGGACAGCUUGUUACACGCAGAAACUGGAAAGACUGGAACGGAGGCCAGUAUAGCCCAUUAUGACAAGGAAAACACAGGCCAAGGAUCACAUGACCCAACACCAACCAGUGAUAUCGGGGAUGAGUCACAUGACCAGUGUACAGCCAGUGAUGUAAGAGACGGGUCACUAGAUAACGCCAUAACAGAGGAGUUUGACACAAGCAGCGGCGAGGAAGACGUACCCGACGACAUAAACACGGAAGCUUUUAGCAAUGAGGAGGAAGAGGCAGGUGGACCGGAGAAAGAAAAUGUGUUUUUGGGGCUGCAGAAGGUUAAGGAGAUGGCCAGUGAAGACAGUGAGGAUUGGGAGACGGCCAGCGAGGAGAACGCUAUGUUUGAAGAAAUGAUUGAGACCGUGGGUAGAAAUACAGAGAUGACAGAGGCGGACAACUUGCCGUUUACAGACAGAGCGCAGUCCGAGCUUAAAGAGACUCAGAGUGGACAUUUAGAGGACAAAACUGAAAAUAAAAAUGUGUGUUCUGAAGAGAGCGACACUGACAAAAAGGAGACAGAUACCGAGGUGACAUGUGGAGAGGCUGAAAGUAUCAUUACAGAGACGGGCUGCGGGGGUGAGGGAACUAGAUAUAGUCUCAACUCAAGAGAAGAGGUCAGGGAGGUGGUGGAGAGCGGAGAGGCGGUCAGGGAGGAGGCGGACAGCGGAGUGACGGUCAGAGAAGUGGCCCGCAGCGGAGUGGCGGUCAGGGAGGAGGCGGACAGCGGGGUGGCGGACAGCGGAGUGGGGGUCAGGGAGGAGGCGGACAGCGGGGUGGCAGUCAGGGAGGAGGCGGACAGCGGAGUGGCGGUCAGGGAGGAGGCGGACAGCGGAGUGGCGGUCAGGGAGGAGGCGGACAGCGGAGUGGCGGUCAGGGAGGAGGCGGACAGCGGAGUGGCGGUCAGGGAGGAGGUGGACAGCGGAGUGGGGGUCAGGGAGGAGGCGGACAGCGGAGUGGCGGUCAGGGAGGAGGCGGACAGCGGAGUGGCGGUCAGGGAGGAGGUGGACAGCGGAGUGGGGGUCAGGGAGGAGGUGGACAGCGGAGUGGGGGUCAGGGAGGAGGCGGACAGCGGAGUGGCGGUCAGGGAGGAGGCGGUCAGGGAGGAGACGGACAGCGGAGUGGCGGUCAGGGAGGAGGUGGACAGCGGAGUGGCGGUCAGGGAGGAGGAGGAAGAGAUUGAGUCCGACAGUAAAAAGACAUCCAGGAAAGAAUUAGGAAAAGGGACUAAAAGUGAAGUGACGUUUGGAGAGAAAAUGGAGGCUGACAAGGUGACCGUUUGGGAAAAGAUGGAGGCUAACCGUAAAGAAACUGUGAUUGGCGAAGCUGAGGCCUCCUAUACAGAUCAGUUAAGAGGGGAAGAUGAGGCUGAAGCUAAAAAGACAGACAGAUGUGAGGCUCAGAGUAAAGAAUCAUUUUGUGUGGAGUCCAUGAGUGAAAGUAAUAUGGAACUUGGGGUGAAGACAGAGACUGCCCUAAACAUGACAAUACUGGACAUGGAGGCAAGGAUUGAGGCUGAGGAUAAAAAGACAGUUGGAGAGGAGAAUCAGAAUCAAGGGGAUGAGGCUAGAGAAACGUUUAGAAGGAAGGAGGAUGAGGCUAAAGAGAAGGUUAGGGUGGAGGUUGAGGUUAAAGAGACUGUCUUAGAGGAGGUUGAGGAUGAAGAGAUGCUCAUCGAGGAGGCUAAAGAGACUGUCGGUGAAAAGGUGGAAGCAGAUAUAAUCAGGGAGGAGACCAAGGCUACAGAGACAGUCUGGGAGGAGAUGAAGGCCUGGGUUAAAGAGAUGGUCAGGGAGGAAGAUGAGGCUGAAAAGGCUGUCAGGAAAAAGAGGGAGGCGGAAGCUAAUGAGAUGGUCAGGGAAGAGACUGUUAGGGGGGACUUGGAGCCUAAAGAGGUGGUCAGGGAGGACGUGGAGGCUAAAGUGACAGUCAAGGAGGAAGGAGAGACUAAAGAGAUGAUUGUGGAGGAGGAAGAAGCUAAAGAGAUGGUCAAGGAGGAGACAGAGACUGAGGUUAAAGAGACAGUUGGGGAGAAGGCUGAAUCCAAAGAGACCAAUACUAAAGUGGUGGCAAACAAGGAUGAAGAGACAGUGUUACAGCAGGAGAUCACAAUUACUGGGUAUAAAGAAACCUCAACGGAAGACAGUAGAAUCUGGACCAAUGAAGUGAGCUCAGGCUAUGAAAUAAAUCAGAGUGCAUAUGAUAAUAUAGACAGUGGAGAGACUGUCACCCAGAGCCUGGAAACAGCCAGUGACGGAAUAAACAGAACUGACGCAGGUUCUGAGGAUGACAUAAAUGCAAGAGACAUCCUCAGCCACAUAGAGAAAGUGACAGCAGAGAUAGAGGCAGGGGAGGAAAUAAUUCAGAAAGCAGAGAUGGGUGAAAAUACCUCCCUGAAAGUCUGUGAAGAGGAAGAGACAGCUACUCUGUAUAGCAAAAACGACUGUCAAUUAGGAGAUGGUUGCAGGUAUUUAUACAACAGAGACAUCACUGGAGAUAAAGAGGGAGACUCUGAACAUUUAGAUCAAUUGGCCAAACAGAGCGUUUCCCAAGAAGAGAAGGAUGACAGAGAGGGACAGUUCACAUUAUGGGAUACGACAGCAGAAAUUGUAGACAAAGGCCGUGAUACUGAUCAUGAGGAGGAAUUAUUGCUGCUUGACAAUCAGGUGGGCAAUACAUUAAGAAGCAACUUAGAAACCACCGGUCUUCAAGAAGGAAGGCUUGACCAAGAUAUAGCAAGUGGAAUGGAGGCUGACAUACAGACAGAUUUAACAGAUGGGGAAAGAGAGCAUGUUAAGGUUGCAGAAAUGGAAAGCAAAAGAGAGGACCAACAUGAAACACUCCACGGAGAAGGAGCAGAAUCUGUCUGUCAAGGAGAGGAUAUGCCGCCUUUAUGUAGAAAGGAUAGUCAAAUUGCAAAUGAGAAAAAAAUGGACACUUAUGGAAAAGAAACCCCAAUUAACGUGGGGCAAGUGUCUAUGGAGGGCAAAGAUCUACUACAUUCUGAGGGAGAAAAGGAGGGAAUCGACUUAAUCUUGCUGAGGCAAAAGGUGGAUGAGACGGAUUUCCAGAAACAAAAGUCCGCUAAUGAGUGGGUACAAGAAGAUAAUGGCGAGGACAGAGGACCAUCACUAAGUAAUGUCUUAACUAGCGCUACCUCUGCAUGGACGGGACUGUAUGGUCAGAUGGUGGAACUUUCAAACGAACUUCAAUCCCAGAAACAAGAAGAAGAGGAUGUUGUAUUAGGUUUAUCUGAUGAGCAUUUGGCCAAAUAUUCACAGUUCCCCGACCCACCAAGACUUCUUAUAGACCCCCCUUUCUCUAGCUAUGAAGGAGAAGUAACAGAUCCACAAGCAGCGAUGCAAAGAGAUACAGAGUCCGCUGGAAAAGAUCUGAGUGCGACAUCUGAAAGUGAGCUUCACAAUCUUCAACGGGAUCCUUCAGAAAGUUUGCAGGAGACGGACAGAUACCAAACAGCCUCACAAGAAGGUGAAAGAAUGUUUUUCGGAGUCAGAACGGGACGUUUCCCGGAAAUGACUGUGGACGAUAUCCAAUUAGAGACAGUCGACAGGUUGCAGAAAAAAGAUGACUUAUCUGAAGAUCAGGUCUUGGAUGAGGGCAGUGUGGCCCCUAAUGCAGUACGACAGCAGAGUAAUGCCGUCAUCGAUGAUUCACAGGAGUUAAGGAGCAGUCGUUUCCCAGUUGAUGGUUAUAGUGAUGGAAUACCAAGCACGGAGACUCCGUCUGUUUAUGCGCAGCAGUCCCCAAGUCUCUUGAGUGCAGCUCUACAGCCACCUUUACUGGACGCUGAAAUUGGGGAACCCGCAGGAUCUUCCGCUCCCCAGACAGUUCUUGAAGAUGACGAUGGUGAUACCUACAAAGAACCUGAUGUCAACACACCUGCUGGGAAGACACAAUCCGAGGGAAAGUUCACCUUUUCCCCCACACAGAUAUUUAACCCCAUUCUACUUCUGAGUCAAAGUCCUGAGGAAAGCGGGUUUUACAGCGAAGGUAAAAUCACAGACAGAAGUACAAAAGGAGAAAGCCAUUGCUUGCAUCCUGAAGAUGGCCUGACAAGAGGCGCUGACAUCCGUAAAUCUGGCUCGCUCCUCCACUCCAAUGAAAACAGGAGCACAAAGCAACCUAGUGGCCCACCUGCCUCUCCUUUGUGGCUGCCUCCCCGUCCUUCCCGUUAUGUUGGUGACACUGGUGCAUAUUCUAAGGCAACGGACUCUAAGGCCUCUAGGCCGCUAGAUAAUCAUUUGAUCAGAAGGGCUACCAUAAGACACAAAAAAGGCAGCUACUCAUUUUCCGGCCAAGACAGCAAACGACACGGUUCUACGUUUCCUCCUGCUACGCAAGGUAAUUCAAAGGGAAUCAGAAUAAUCAGCCCCGUACCAAGGACUGGCACCAAAGCGCCUGCAUCGGGUUCACCGCAAUCCGGAACGUUGACUCGGCAGGAAAAGAUUAACGAGGAAUCAGAAUCGGCCUUUGGACAAACCGGGAAUAAACCUUUCCUCGAGCAGCUGCCAGAGGAAGAGUUGAUUGGCAAACAAAUGGGUCCAAAGAGCUCAGAAUCCAUUGUCUUAAGGGUGAAGCGUCCCGGCGGUCCGCCUUCUGAGUCGGAAGCCCUUCGGAGCAUGCACCGCCGACGCUCCAAGUUCAUUAAUUCCUCCAGCCUUCUGUACCAGGAAUACAGCGACGUUGCUCUUAACCAGGAGAUCCAACGACAGGAUUCGCCUUCGGAGGAAAGGGAUCCGGGAUCACCAAGGCUCCGGCGCCGGGCUCUGUCCUCCCAGGAGUCGUACCUGCAGCGUCUGUCUGUCUCUUCGGCUGAUUCGCUGUGGCAGGACAUCCCGCUGAUACGGGGCAGCUCGGUAUUUCUGUCGAUGACACGAGACGAGCAGAAACUUCAGGAGGCAAAGUUUGAAUUGAUCAUGUCAGAGGUGCUGUACCUGCGCAGCCUAAACAUUGCGGUGGAUCAUUUCUUGCACAGCACAGAGAUGCAGGAGGUUCUUGGCACCCAGGAGCGACAAUGGCUCUUCUCCCGUCUGUCUGAAGUGAGGGACGCCAGCUCGGAUUUCCUAUUUGAUUUGGAGGAAGAGUUUGAGAACAACAUGUACAACUUCCAGGUGUGUAACGUGGUGAUCAGUCAUGAGCCGAAUUUCCGCAGAGUCUACCUGCCGUAUGUCACCAACCAGACCUACCAGGAGAGGACCUACCAAAAGCUGAUGACUGACAACCCACGAUUUCAGCAAGUUUUGGCGAAGCUGGAAAGUGACCCCGUGUGCCAGAGGCUGAGCUUAAAAUCCUUCCUCAUCCUCCCCUUCCAAAGAAUCACACGACUUCGGCUUCUCCUCCAGAAUAUAUUAAAGCGCUCUGCCCCUGGGUCUAAUGAAGAGCUACAAGCGACAGAGGCCCACAACGCUCUUGAGAAGCUCAUAAGAGAUUGCAACGAAAGUGUACACAGGAUGAAAAAUACGGAGGACCUGAUUCUCCUAAAUCAGAAGAUCCAGUUUGAAUGCAAGAUAUUUCCCCUGAUCUCGCAGUCUCGCCGGCUCGUUAAACACGGAGAGGUUUCAUCGCUGGAAUUCAACUCUCUCAGUUCCAAGUGGAAGGUCACAACUCGGCCUGUUUACUUGCAUCUCUUCAAUGACUGUCUCCUGCUGUCUCGUUUGAGAGAGGGCGGUCGCUUCGUGGUUUUUGACUACGCCCAUGCAUCUGACGUGCGCGUAGAAAGGUGUGAGAUGAAACUGCACGGGAACCAGAAAAAUGUUUUCCGUGUCUUCCUACGAGACAGCGCUGCUGGAGCGCGGGAAACUUCCGGCGUGGGACGCGAGAGCGCUCAGGAAGGCAGGGAGAUCGAAUACAUAUUUCGUACGGAGACACAGAGCCAGAAGCUCAGGUGGAUCCUGGCUCUCUCACCACCCAAGGAGGAGACGGAUUUCCUGAAAUAUCAUGGCCUGUCUCAGAUGCAGUGUUUGAAGUCUUACAAAUCACGAGAAAACGACGAGCUGUCACUGGACAAAGCUGAUAUCAUCAUGAUGACGCAACGCAGCGAGGACGGAUGGUUACACGGCGUACGUCUCUCGGAUAUGCAGUCGGGGUGGUUUCCGGAGUCUCACGUACAAUCCAUCGGCCCCAUCGCCAGUCUCCGAAACCUGGAGGAAAAGCAGAGGCUGCAGACGGCCAGAGCAAAACUGCAACCGUACAGCGCCAAGUGACAAACGCCACGGGCCCCGGAGUAACGCAACCCUCGGCUGACCCACCUGCCUCCUCCGUGCAUUGCUUUCGCCUCUUUUCCCGUCACUUGGGGUCAUUUCCAAGGUGACAAUUGCUAAAGAUAUUCUGCAGAGUGUCUGAUGUAAAUUUCUCAUCUGUUAUGUAAUAACCUAAUCUUAACUAUAAAUUUAAAAAAAAAGUUGUAUUUAUAUUUUUAAUAAAAUGCCCAAUGUUCGACAA